UUUGUGACAUUUGUAAGAAUUUUUCUUCCGACAGUAGACAACGAGGUGCGCGUUAAAGCUUUAAAAAUUAAUUAAUGAAGGUUUUUAAAUAUCAUUGAGUACCUACUUAAUAUAAUAUAAAAGUGUUAAAAGUUUUCCAUAUAUUUAUGUGUUAAAUUUGCGUGAUUUCAUAAGCACGUGCGUUUCAUUUAUUCGUGAAUGUGCAUAUGCUCGUGUUUUUUUCGAAACCUCUAUGAAAUAUUUCUGCAAGCGAAAAGAUCAAAAAGGCGUAAUUGUUUGAAGCAUUUAGCUGAUGUAAUAUAUAUGUAUAUAAUGUAAAAAUCAAAAUUGCAAAACAAGUGGUUUAAUAAUUAAAGAUGAGUGCUAGUGAGGCGUUAAAUGUUGGUGUAACACCAAAAGUGUCUCUUACAGUGGACAAUGUGAUUACUAUGAAUAACCGAGCAGCAACAAAUUUCAAUGAGAGUGUCGAUACUGCGGCUGAUUGCGGUAGUGUUAAUAAUGCUCAAUUAUCUAUCAGCUCAACUACAAAUGAUGUUGAAUGUACGACAAAUCCUGUGGACGAAAGUCAAUCUCAAAAUGCUAAUAUCGUUCAGCAUUUGAACCAGACACAAGUUACGCAUACUCCUACUACUUCAAUGGAUGCAACAGUCUCUAAGCAAAAUCAAAAUCCUAACGGUGGCAAACGUGUCAUACGAAAAAUUAUGGUAAUUGAUCCGAAAAAAUUGCAACAAGCUGGUUUAGAUCGCAAAUUGGCCGAAGCCAUCGGUAGGCAAAAGCUAAAAGCAUUGGCUAAGGAAAAGAAAAAGUCUACACAAACUAGUGUUGCUCCGAAAUUGCAAUUAAAUAAUACUUCAAAUGAGUCCAAAUCUCAGUUUAGUGCCAAACUGGCUAAUACACCAAUGCAAGCAGAAAUUUCGUCAUUAAUUGCUACAACUGCACAAGCCGUCGUACCAGCAAUCGCAACUACAACAUACACUGCUACAAGCAAUUCUACGCCAAAUACAACUAAUUCAACGCAACAAAUAUUUAAUGCUAUAAAACCGCUGGAAUCAUUGAAAAAUUGUCUUUUAGUACCAGCUGCAACGGAAAUAGUUGUUCCACCUAUAAUUAAUGCUUCGCCAAUGAAUGCAACAAUUGCAGCUCAAACGGCUUCCAAGUCGCCUACAGUUGAACGGAAAGUUUUUGUUACACCAAAGAUAACCAUAACGCGACCCGGCGAAGAAUCACCUACACUGCGUAUAGUGCCCGAGCACCGCUUAGAAAAUGUGAAAUAUAUAUUACAAUGCAAGAUUUUGAAACGACAGCAAUUGGCAGCUAUAAAGGCACCGCAAUCACCAAGCGUUGCAAACGUCUCGAAGUCACCACAUACUCCAACUACAACUGAAGUAAUCUGUAAUGAACCUAAGUCAGCAAUGGAAGAGUUCAUAAACAUUUCGAAAGUGCAACAAUCGAAGAAACCAUCACCGGCUAAAACACCACAGGAUAUAGCACGUGUACUCGAUUUUAGUGCUGAUGCUGCUACUGCAAGUGCCACAUCUUCCAAUGCAAAAGAGAACAAAGUGGAAAAAGGGAACGCAAAUAGUCCCUUACAUAUAAAGAACUACAGUUUCCAUGCAGCCAAAGUGUCGUCCGUAAAGGAGGAAACUGCUGGCACACGUGCUGUUGAUGUUGCGCGCUUAGUUGGACGCAUUGGUAAUGUAACAAUGCGCAAAACCGUUGCACAGUCCCCAGACAAAGCGCUUAAUACCACACAGUCAAUGGAAAUACCAAAAGCGACUAUACGUUGCAAGAAACUACCAGUACAAAAUAAGCAGAACCGAGCAGAGCUUAUUCAAAAGGUCAUAAAGCAAAGUCCAGAAUCAAAAGAGAAAGCCAAAAGUGCGCCAUUGAUAACACAUACAAAUGUAGGUUUAACAUCCGCAGAGAACACAUCAAGCACGCUCUUUAAAGACCCACCAAAGAAGCCAACAGAAACGCUUCACGAUACGGCCGCUACUGUUGCCACCACUGACAACCAAAACAAUGAACAUUCACAAUUUAACAAUUUCCCACUCUUUUCUCCGCUAAAACAACCAUUUCCGGUGGUUACACACUCGCAAGAUUUGCCUCUACCCACAAUUUCAACAUUCAAGACACCCUUCCCAACGACCCUGAUUAAAGUCGGCCAAAUGGGACAGCCGCAGAGCGAUGCUGCAGAGAAAACAAACGAGAAUUUCUUGAAAAACACCUAUUUCGUAACACCUGCUGUUCCAAUCCCCAUUACACAAGCGCCAAAAAGUCUGAUUGUAUUGGAGAACAAAGUUCUAUCACAAGAUGAGAAGAUUGAUCUAACGGCUUUGGGUUUUGGUACACCGAAAAUAGAGUCAACACCCGAAGUAACAAUGGACACAAGUGAACCAAAGGCAACUACACAAAAAACGCAGGAAACAAGUUCAAGUCCAAGUUCCCAGACGAAAGUCUUGCCAAGCUCGUCUGUUUUGGUGAAAAAUGUAUUGCCACCAAAGGGGGCCAAAUUUAAUAAUCGCACUAUUGUCUCGAUGGAUAAAUUGAAGUUGUCAUCGGAUAAGAUAGCUGAGCUUGUCAAGGCCAUACAGCUUAAGAAUGCAAACUCAGCCAAACAUUUUCUUGUCGUGCGUAAAACUGAAAAUGCGACAAAGACCAGUGGAAAUGCUGAGGAGUUGGGUAAUGUAAGCAUGAAUGAAACCAGUAGUUCCCAAAUUAAUGUAGCAGCUCCAACCCUGAUAAAACCACAAACAAAUACAGCGAGUGUAGAUUUCCCGGCACUUUACAAUAAUGCGGCGAUUUCAAUACAAAAACUAACCGAACCCCCCAUAAACCAAACACCAAACAUUCCCAUGGCACCGUUAUCAGAGUUUUACAAAGGUACUACAAUACAUAAUGAUAGUCCACAACAGCAGCUUUCAACAACAACAGUUGCCACGCCCUUCACAACCGAUACCGCCACUGUAGUAUACCCAGAAGCUAAAAAUCUAGCGGUUCCACAAUUCAAAAACCCCUUGCCGCCCAAUCCGCAGAAGUUUGCUGAUUCAGAUCAAAAUGCGCACAACAAAUCUUCCGUUUGUCUGUUAGAUAGUGGCGAUGAAUCGGAUGCGCCGUUAUCUGCUGUGGACUUCAUUGCUUCGUUGGCGGCUGAGAAUCCCAUAACUGAGGAUAUGCAAUUGGAACUCUCACCGGAAGAACUAAAUUUGAAUGCUUCGUUCGCAAUGAAUUUCUCACCUCUGCGUAUUCCGUACCGCGAUCGCACAGAGAGCGUGAAGAGUGAACUAAUUGAGCAAGAUAUAUAUGAUGCCUGUAAUGUGCCAAAUGCCGAAAACUUGCCCGAGUUAUUUGAGCCCGAAAUGGCUUCCGACGAAAUGCAAAUCGGUAAAAUCAUCACUAUCAGCGAGGAGAAUAUUCUCAAGGCGGUUGCUGCUUCAAACAAAUUGGAAAUCAAUAGUGAACAAACAAAAGUCGGCACUCAAGAAGUAUUCAAACUCACAAAGAGCACCGAACGUCUUGACACGAUACAUGAGGAGACACAAGACGAUAAUAUGGAAAAUGUAAAUAAUCUAGAUGUUGUAACAACGGAUAGUUUAACGGAGUCAACAGUGGGUCCAAUAAUUGUUAAAAAUAUUGAAAUUGGUGCAAUCGAUAGUUUUGAAGAAAGUAGCUCAACUGGAGUAAUUGUGAAGAAUAUCGAUAACGGUAUGAGAGAAUCUAUUAGACAAAUCGGUGAAACUGUUGGUGCUGUAGUUUCGGACACCAAUCCAGUUCAAAUACUACCCUUAGCGGAUGCAGACUUGGCAAAAACAACUAUCGUGACUGUGGAAGAAAAUAUUACCGAUGCAGACAAAACUGAGAGCAAAACAUCGGAGGAACCGUUAACUGUCAACGCAAUAGAGACUAGUCAAGCAACAGCUUCAAUACCGGAUGUGGAUCAUAAACAUACAGAAAUCGUACCAUCGGUCGAAGUCAACGCAAACGUUAACUCAGCAGCUGUGGAAGGAAAAAAUAUUGCUGAAGUACCUAGUCCUCAUAAGCCCAAAAUUUUAGGUGAAAGUGUGAAAGAGGUUGGUGGAACAACUAGCACCGAAGGUGACACUGGAAACACUCAAACGGAAGCUGAAUGUCCAGGCGAGCCCACGGAAGUCUCCACAUUGACUCCGGUUCCUAAUAACCACUUGACUAUUGAAAAGAAUGUUGUAUCCAGUGAAAAUGUGAAGACUGCUGUUGGUGAAAAUUCAAAUGCUGCGCCAAGACGCCUACCACGCUUUAAGAAAGGCAAAAUCAACUUGGUUCAACGCAAGAAGACAACCGCAAGUGUACCGGAAACGAAACGGGAAACAAAAGCGUUGCCUAAAAAUACGAACGAGGCGUCUUCAGUUCAAAAAUCAGAUGAAAAAACUAUCGAAGAGACAGUUAUCACAUCUGAAUUGAACAGAGAGGCUAAGAAAGGCGAAGAAAAGCUGAAUGAAGAUUCAAAAGUAAAUGAGAAAGAAGUUGUAAAGUCGGUAUCCCAAGAUAUAAAAGAAGCGUCUUCCGACGGAAUACUAAAUGAGAAAGAAGUUGCUAUCGAAGAGACUGUGGUCACAUCUAAAUUGAACAGAGAGACUAAUGAAGAUGUAGAAAAGGUGAAUGAAGAUCCAGAACUAAAUGAGAAUGAUGCUCCUUCGAUAUCACAGAAUAUCAAUGAGGUGUCUUCAGACGAAAAACUAAAUGAUAAAGUAUCUAGUAUAGAAGAGAUAGAUAUCGCUGACCCAUCUAGUCAGAACAGAGAGGCUAAUGAAGGAGUUGAAAAGAAGAACGAAGAUCUCAAAGUAAAUGAGAAAGAAGCUACUAUAGAAGCAAAGUCAGUAUCUCAAAAUAUCAACGAAGCGUCGUCGGACCAAAAAUUAAAUAAGAAUGAAGCUGUUGUAGAAGAGAUCGCUAUCCCAUCUAGUCUGGACAAAGAUACUAAUGAGGAGGUAGAAAGUAUUAAUAAAAACACUGUACAAACUAAAGAAGUGAAAACCGUAGUCAAGGAUUCAGAGACACUAUCGCACACUUUGCCUGAAAAUGUUGAUGUAAACGUGAGUGCAGCUACCGGAGAAGUGCUAGUCGCCGAGAAGAAUACUGUUUUACUUGCAUCGGAAAGUGACCGAUCAACUAGUGAAGCUGCCGCGUCUGACAUUUCCGUACCAAAUAUGCCAUCUAACAACGAAGCACCAAUGAAAUCAGGUGAAUUAAAGCGUAAAACUGCGAUAAUAUCCGAACUAUUGCAUCCACCUAAAAUUCGCAAGCGAAAAUCCAUUGGUACGGAUAUCAAAGCUGAUUUAUUAGCUGACAAAUCUUCUUCUACUGAUAAUCUACUUUUGAGUGCUGUAAAGGCAGCUGGAGAGGAAACUAAAGUAACUCCAGCCAAAAAUCCAUUUAAGAAGACCACAGUAGAGGCCAUCGCUGAUCAAUUGUCUAUAAAAGGAAUAAAUAAUCUUUUGACUAAAUUUAAUAAAGAUCAGAAUACGAGUGAGCUUGAAAAUGCUGAUUCUGGUAAAACAAGUAAAGAGAAAGAAGAGGAAGUGGCGAGUGCAGAAGGAAAUUUGAAGGAAAAUAACACUGAAAAGAAGCUACCGGAAAAUUGUGAGCAAAAGACUGACCGACUUGGCAAUUUAGUACAACAGGAGGCACAUGGUCCAAACAUUGCGAACGGUAGUGAGUUGCAGUCCAAUGCCAAGAAUUCUGAUGCUUCAGUAAGUUCUGCAUUAACUGCGACAGCAGAAGUUCAUGAGACUUCAAAUAACUGUGAUAUUUUACAUGUGAUAACCGAAGAAAAGCCACAGGAACAAAAUUCCACUGAAAAGGCGCCGAAAGCAGGCACUUCAUUAGCUGAAGAUGUUGCAAAACCUGGAAAUGUGAAAUCUGAUUUUCUAGGUUUCAACCAUAAUUCGCCAAGUACACAUAAUAUUGAGAAUAAUCUGCAGCAUAUACUCACAAUAACCACCAGUGCUGAGAAGACGAAAACACGCGAAGUGAACUAUAGCACUACGGAGCGUGAGAGCCCACACGUCUCACUAAGUGAUAGCUCGGUGAAAAGCUCUUCCGCUACUGGCAAGACUACAACGAGAAAGUCAAAGCUUGCACAGGGACGAAAGUCAACGAACCGACGUGUGCCGUUAAAGAAGCGUUGGGGUGUGUUACAUGAAUCAGAUGAUGACAUAAAUAUAACCGAUGAUACAUCGCCGGCGGAUGAUGACGAGGAAGAAGACAAUGAACCUGGUUUAACAGCAUCAGAUAAAGCUAAAGAGUCAGAUAUGAACAAAAUUAAAAGUCCUAACAGUGAUAGCGAAGGAAAAAACGUGGAAGUAGGGAAAGAAAAGGAAGGUUCAAUAAAAGAAGCGAUAGCCACAGCUACCAACGUAACAGAUCAAUUGUGUUCUGAGAGUAAGAAACGUAAUAGAUGCUCUGAAGAUAGCACAGACACUGUAGAAUAUGCAGGUGAUACUGUUAUUGUUGCUGAGAGUACUACAACUGAAGAUUCACAAGCGCCAAGUAAAAAGGUACGCUUGGAUGUUAAUUCUGAAAAUGUAACUACAUCGAAAACUGCUGAAAACCCAGAUAGUGCUGCUGUAGAAACUGAAACAGAGGUAUCCGAGAAGCCACAAGAAAAUGUUUUGGAGCAAACCUUGCAAGACACUGCAGCAAAUGAGGUCACACACGUUGUAAAUAGUCCCAACACGAGUACACGUGCUUCGGUGGAUUCUGUAAUAAGUAUUAAAGAAACAAAAGCAAGGCCUAGAUCAAAGGGGGGACGUAAACAUAAACCUAAAACACCCCUUAUUGACUCAAGUCAUGCGUCGGCUGUGGAAGAGAGCACAGAAACAACUAAAUCUGUUGAUAAUAAAGAUGUUUCCUUGCAUGGAACUGCGACAGCAAUUGAAGAAGAUUUAACGAAGAAGAAUGCAGUGGUUAAUGAGAAAUCUUCCGUGCGUGAAAGCCGUUCCAAAACACAUGAAAACAAGAAAGCGGUAGCCAAAGAAGGCGAAACCGAGACUUUGCAAACUAAAUCUGGUAUAAAGAGCGGUAGGAAAUUAAAAGUGAAUGCUGCUGAUACAACAACGCCAAAAGCAAGCCUGGUAGUUGAAAGUGAACUUGCCGAACCGACUGAAAACAGCAUUGAUUGUUCAAUGAGCGAAAGUGUGAAAACGGCGACUAAUGAAAGGAAAAAGCAGAAACGUGCCGUUCAACAAGAGUUUACAACCUCCACACCUACUAUAGAACAGACACCGGAAGCAAGCACCAACAAGCGCGGUAGAAAGCGCAAGUUGGUAGAGGAACCAGUUGUGGAAGACAAAAACGAAACAGUGACAAUUGCAGAAAGUACACCAGUGGUGCGUAAAAAGCGUGGACGCAAACCAAAAUCAUCGCUUCCUAAUGACACCGAAGAUGUGGUUUGUAACGGUGUUGCGGAAGCUGAGAAAACAAUUGAUAUUACGCAGGAAAGCUGCCAGCAAGACUUGAACGAGACGCUAUCUCAGACAAGUCUUAAUAUAACUGAAGCUGCGAAUGCGACAACUGAGUUUGAGACACCUUUAAAAGUGCCAAAAAAACGUGGACGCAAGCCGAAAGCUCUACUGGCCACACCUCACAUACCAGCGGACAGCGAAUCGCCAAAACCAACUGAAAAAUCGCAAGGCCGACGAGGAGAAGUGGUGGAUCUUGAGACGCGCGGCACAUUUAAUGAACGCCUCCUGCUGAUAACCAAUCGCUCGCAGCUGGAGACAGACGAAGUGCUCACAGCAGAGUCCAAAGCAAAGAAGUCGAAAGCAAGUUGGAUUAAUUGUGGACUCUGCUUGCAAAAAAUGGAACGCGAUGCCUGGGCGAAUCAUUUGGCCACACAUUACGGUGUUGGUUGGAUAGUGGGCGAAAUGACACCAAUUAAUGUUACAAUCCGCAACGAAGUCUUGAAAGCCAUGACCGCUUUCUUGAAAGUAAACGCUGGCAAAUAUCCGCUGACCUGUCGCAUGUGCCAGCGCACCUAUCGCUCAGCUUUGGGCACCCUGUUGCACAUUGAAGUUUGCGGUGCAACGGACGCGCGCGUACCCUGUGAUUACUGCAAAAAAGAAUACUCGAAGUUGAGUGUUGUUAGUCAUAUGCGUUUGUGCAGCAAGCGCGUGGAGGUUGAAGAACCUGCCGAAACUGCGACGGAGGCUAAAGAGGACGCAGAUGUUAGCAAGAAAGCUGUUUUGAACAAUGUGGGACGACUGAAGCGGGCUUCAGUGCAAAAGGCGGAGAAAAUGCUGAAAGCUUUCGGUAGUGACUCGCAAAGUACGGGAAUAUUUUCGACCAAAGAUGCCAAGAAUCAUGUUGAGUUCGUUGCCCCCGUGGAGCUGGAGAAAUUGUUGGAAAAAUGUGCGAAAGACUUAGAAACGACUGGAUCGGCUAAAUGUCCCGCACAGGGUUGUAAAUUCACAGCCAAGGAGCUAAGCGCUAUUAAAGCACACCUCGCAAGCUGUGAGUUAAAGGACACCAUUACCAAAGGUGUUUAUAACUGUAAGAUUUGUGCGAAAUCGUCAAAAACCUAUCGUAUCGCCAAAUAUGUGAUAAAACACAUUUUGCAACAGCAUAAGAGCACAGUGGUCGAUGAAGAGUUCGAAGCCGAUGGCUCGGAUUGCGGCAUUAAAACCGAUGAUGAAUCGAGCGGCGAUGAUGAUGAUGUGUCUUCAGGCGUAGAUUCGAAUGAGGAGAGUAAUAAUAAUGAUAAUGAGAGUGAUAAUUCCUCGGAAGCGGGAGAAACGCGCAAAAAUGUGAAGAAGAAGAAGACUGUGAAGAAGAGGGCAACAACAAGUGCGGUGUUGUCAAACGCCAUAACGGCAGAUAGACUGCAUCCACCGCGUGAAUCGGAUUAUAGUGGCACCGCGCAACUGCUGUGGAAAGAAUUUUCUUCAGAGAAUUAUAGCGCGGUACCGUUAUUUACCGAUGUCGACGUGAAGUACAAGAUUUGCGCACGCAGUGACUAUGAGAGCUAUAUACCAGAUAUGGAAAGCUCCAUGAAGUUCCAUUAUAAGUCCGACUUAAAGCUGAGCAAAGGCGCAACGAAAGUGUGUUUUGGCAAAGCAGCGGAACUGAAUUGGUCGCAAUUGCAGCUGCUUGAGACGAUGUCCGUGAAGAAUGAACAAUUCACGUUUCUCGGUGAAGCCAUAAACACCGUAACCUGGGUGCCCUUACCUGCGGAUAUCAAAGAGCAAUAUCUGCUCAUAAGCACACGUCGCGCAUAUACACGCUUCAAGUGCCCGAAAGUAGACAACACCUUACUUUGGCUGUACAAAGUCACAUCGGCAGAGCAGUCGAAAUCAUUCGACCUCCAACUACAAUAUGCCAUCAAUAUACCGGAUGGUCCCGUACACUGUUUGACUUUUCUGCCCAGUGGGGGUUAUGAUGCGCAGGCAAAUCGUCUGGGUUUGGUGGCUGUGGGCACAGCAAAAAAUACCAUUGCAGUGUAUGCGUUGCCUUUGUGUGUGGAAAAUGAAAUGUUAGAUGAAGAAACUCCAGAGAAUUCUACGCCUAAGUUCACAACGCUGCAAUUGGAGCCAGCUUGGCGUUUGGCGUUAGAUCUCUCCAAAAAAGACUUGAGCCAACAUCCGUUUGUUGACACACAAUGCACUGCGCUGUGUUGGUCUGAGUUUUCUGGCCAUCUGCAUAUAUUUGCGGGCUUCUCCAACGGCUGUGUCGCCUAUUGGGAUGUGAGCAAUGAUAGAAAUCUAAAUCGUUUGCUGAUCGAUGGCGUGCCACAUUAUGUACCGUUGAAUUUCUUCUACACACGUGAGAAGAAUGUGCGCGCCAUGGCCUUGCAUUAUGACACCUCCGGUGUGCGUGUGAUUGCAGUGAUUGUUGCCCGACGCCUGCUGAUUAUGUACGAUCUCUAUCAGUUCACACAACCAUUUGUUAUGAAGGAGGAAAUCACCAAAAACGAGGCGACAGACUUGGAAUGGUCGCCCAUUUGGCAGUCACUAGCGAUCUCAAUGGCCGAUUCAUUGCCCAACAAUGGCCGCUGCAUAUAUGCUGUAAACCCGACGAAUAUCGUCUUCAAGAAUGAGACAAUCGACAAAAUGAACGCUGGCGUCAAUAAGAUACAUUAUAACCCCGUGCAGCAUGUGCUCGCCAAUGCCACCGACAAUGGUGAUGUGGUGUUGCUGGAUAUACGCGAGAUGCACCUGAAAGAUAUUAUGCGCGAUUCGAUGCGCAGUUCGCAAGCCGUUGCCAUAAUGGAUAUGAAAUGCCUGAAUGGCAUGGAUAUACCGAAAUUCGAGGCGAAGUCUGCAACGGCGGAUUGGAGCUACAACGAGGAGGAUUGCAAUGAGAAAUAUGGACUCGUAUUCGGUCCGGUGACAAGGAUUGAUAAAACCCUCAAAGCGCAAUAUCUUAGCGAACAGCGUCGUGUGCCUGUACAUUUGACGCCUUGCACGCGCAUAAACACCAUACAUUGCAAUAUCAAUAAUCACGGCAAGCACUUGGUGGCCGCUGGCUAUGAGAAUGGUUUUCUGCGCGUAUUCUACAUCGAUCGCAAGUCGUUUUUCUAUUAAUACUUAAUAUUAACUCAUUAGUGUUUAGCUUGUAUAGUAGUUAUUGUUGUUGCGUGGAUUUCUAAUCUAUACUUAGAUCGAUAUGGAAGAUGCAUAUGCAACCAGGUAUCGAUUCCUUAUACAACAAUCGUGUCGACAGAACUGUAACGUACCAAAAUUUGUAUUCGGUUAAGUAUUGUAAACUCGUUAGUAGUCCUUAAAAGUACCUACAGCAUGUUUUCUGCCGUUACAACAAAAACAACAUGGAUGCCUUUCACAUUUCGACGAAUAUCAGUAUCGUUUUUCUAAAAGCGACCGCACCUCAAAGGCGCAUAAAAUCCAUUAUUCGGCGAAUUUAUACAAAAUGCGUGAAAAACCCCAAAAAUACAGUUAUGUAACUAACUUAUAAUUAAAUUUACAUAUUGACAUUAGUGCAGUGCAGCAUCACGUGAGGCAUGUAGAUAUAGAUUUUUGAAUAUUAUGUUAUAACUAUUAAUCCUAUAUAUGUAUAUGAUAUAUGUAUGUAUGUAAUAUAUUAAGG